GCUCUGCUCGGAAAUUUCGUUUCAUAAUCAACAGUUCUCAAUUUACUAUAAAGCGCACCGACAAAAACACAGCAACAGCUACGUUUUUUUUUGGAACACCCUCAACAAUAUUCGAGCAAACGUUAAAUUUAUGUUGAAAAAGAAAAUCGGAACAGACGGGGGGAGGAAGUGACCGUGGAAUUCACUCUACUACAACUACACACAACUGUGUGUUUGUGUGGUGUACAUUGAGGAAAAUACGCUUCCAAACACUGACGAACACUUGUCGCUUGUCCGUGUGCCAGUGUUGCUCGCAUUGUUCAAAUUCGAGUUUCGCUUGCAGCUGUGUGCAGCAAUUAGCAACGUCGCAGAAAGUUGCCUCUUGAAAGUGGUGCAGGAGGAGAGUGUGGAGGGUGUGCGGUUUAACUAUGGAUGAUACCACCACAGCUACAACGCCGUCGCCGUCAUCAGCGGCCACAGCUGCUGGCUACGACGCUGCCAGUGACAAAACAAACGCUGCUAGCAGCAACAGCAGCAUUAGCCUCUUAAUUAAAUCGUCGAAUCAGCAAUAUGACGAUAUAAAAAUUGAGAGCGAUCUUUGCUGGACGGUGCAUAGACUCAAGAAGCUACUAUCCUUGGUUUAUCCCGGCAAGCCGGAAAUUGCGGACCAAAAGCUCAUCUAUUCCGGCAAACUGCUGGACGAUGCCCAGAAGCUAUCAGAGGUAAUACGCAGCUACAAAGAUGUUUAUCAGCAGCAUCACAUUUUUCACCUGGUGUGCGCCAACAAGAAUGUGAGCAAGGCGCCCCUUAAGAUGACAACACCAGCAAUGGAUAUGGCGACUACUGCACGCCUGGAUACCAAUGCCAGUUAUAAUAAUAACGAGCUUAGACAGCGUCAUGGUGCCGCAGUUGGCGCCUCCUCAGCCCAGAUUCCUUAUCAGCAGCAAAAUGUGCCGCUGUCACAACUACAACCAAAUACCAUGUAUCCCUGGAUACAGUUGCGGCCGGCACCGCCACCCACAGCGUCCAGAGCAACACACAUGGCUUUCCAGCGGGAGCAGCAGCAGGCGCUUAUGUAUAAUGCCUGGAUGCAGCAGUGGUAUGCAGGGUACUUGCAGGAGAUGAUGCAACGUACGAGCGGCACUGAUAACACCACACCACCACCCAUGCUGCAUCCCUUGUUGCAAAGUUUGCCUAUGAUUCCAAACAAUUUAAGUGUGCCACUUGUGGGACAACCACCUGUGGCAACAGCAGCAGCCGCGGCAGCUGCUGGCGCUGGCGCUGUUGCUGGACAGGCGAAUGAGGCUGCCGUUGUACAGCAACCGGAAGGCCGUCAAGUAGAUGCUCCGAACUUUCCCAACAUUCAACAUGAGGAGCCGGAGUUGCGUGAUUGGCUGGAGAGUUUGUUUAGCUUCACUCGGUUGGCGUUCUUUGUAAUGGUUUUGUAUUUCAAUUCGUCGCCGAUGCGCUGCGUGCUGGUGGUGCUCAUCGUCAGCGUUAUUUAUCUGUAUCACAUUGGAGUACUUCGACGUCGUCGCGAGCGCAACAAUAACAACAUUAAUCGUAACAACAAUGCUGGCAAUGAUAUUGUUGCCUUUGCGGCUGUACAGCAAAUUCAACGCAUGAUGGACGCUGCAAUCGAGCACGACAAUAAUCCGCAGGCUGCUGCCGAACCAGUGCCAGCCGCUGCACCAGCUGAUGCCGAUCAAGCUGCUGUUGCCCCACCAGCUGCUGCUGUACCACCGGCGGCUGCUGCUGCACCGGCCAGCGCUGGCGCGAAUGAGACCGAUGCCGCUGUGGCUGCCGCCGAGACGGUUGCCGUGGAGCCAGCGAAUGCCAAUAACUCUGUGAUUUCUAUUGUGCGCACUUUUGUCGUUACGUUCUUCACGUCGCUGUUGCCCGAGGCGCCGGCGCUGUAAAAUGGUUAAACCGCAUUGCGUCUUGCCAUCUCUUGUGGCCUCUGGAAUAUAUUUUUGUUCCCCGUACACUUUCCUGCUUUACACCGCCCCAUUACUAAAUGUUAUCAUUUUAGCAUA